UUGUUCGUUUCAAUUUUGCCAAAUGUUGGGUUCGGUGCGUGUGUUCUAGCGAUUGAUCCAUUUGUUUGUGUUUCUUUCUCCAUUUAUUGGUAUUUAGAAGCAAUCUUACUUUGAUUUAAGUCYUUAAUGUGCUCAGUUUAAAAGUUCUCAAUCGAUUUUAUUCGGCUGAACUUUGAACUCGAAAAUAUCAACAGAUCACCCUAUUAAGUAAAGCUUAAAUCAAGAUUCUUAUUUCUCUGAAAGCAUGAAGAUCUUGGAUGGUAUACCUCGAUCAGAGGUUAUUGCAAAUGCAUUUGUUGGYAAAUUCUCAAUUUUCUGGCGACAUAUGCCAGGUACUUUGGGAAUAAUAAUCGCUGGGAUUGUGACAAUGAUCUUGGGUAGCGCCCUUCGAGGUGAAUGGACCCUAGUUCUUGUGUUGGCAUGUAAGCAGUUUGGCAUCAAGAUACCAGCCUCUACAUAUAUACAGGACGAGGGACCAGGAUUUUUGGAAAACAUAGGGCUGAAGGAUGUUCGUUGGUAUAUUCUAAUCAAUAUUGCCAGUUCUACAUUGAUAUACUUUACACUUGGUGGAUUCCUGCAGUGGUAUUUCUAUGUCAGGCAAAAGGAUGAACCUGAAAAAUGGAAGUGCCAACCAAAAAGGUUUCUUUCGCGUGAGGAUGAGAUGCAUGAAGUUGCGCUAGGUGCCAUUAACAUGGUCCUUGGUGCAGCAGUCUUUGGAGUGAUUUCCUGUUACAUUGCUAAUGGAGGCUACACAACUGUCUACUAUGAYCCCCUGGAGCGAGGCUGGGUGUAUCUUGUGUUGUCUACAAUAGUUUUAUUCUUGUUUGAAGAUGCCUGUGCCUAUUACUAUCAUCGAAUGCUUCACUGGCCAUUCUUUUAUAAAAGGUUUCAUAAAAUGCACCAYCGCUACAAAGCUCCUACAUGCUUCAGYUCYACYGCAAUGCACCCAGYUGAGUUUCUAGGUUUCCAAGUGUUUAUUAUCUCACCAGUGUUCUUGUUCCCAAUCAAUGCCGGUGURUAUGUUGGUAUCUUAAUGUACCUCUACUACUUUGGUAUGAUUGAUCAUUCUGGAAUCAAUCUCUACUCGAUGGUUCCUUGGCAACCACCCGUCAUGUUCCAUGAUGACCAUCACAAAUAUUUCCAUUGCAAUUUUGGCUUCAACUCUCUGAUUUUUGACAAACUCCAUGGUACGUUACGCAGGACAGACCGUUAUUAUGAUGAAGGAGUAUUUGGAGGGAAAGGUAGGCAGUACAACUCRAAAGAAAAGAAAGAACCAGAAGAUAAGAUGAUAUAUUGAAGMAGUAGAAACUGAUAGACAUGAAACUAAGUACUCUAUUUUACAUCAAUACUCAAUAAUGAUAAUGAUUUGAAUAUAUUAUACUAUGUGCUUCAAACAGCAUCAACUGGAUAAAUAAUCUGGGAUCUAUUUGCAACUGUGUGUUUACUAGUUAUGCCUUGGUUCUUUCAAGUGAUGAAAGGAGGAGUUCCUCUAUAAUUGCUUUUGAUCUAGGAAGUCCUCACUAGUGUUUAUUCAAGAUUGGUUUUUGAUUAUUUUAAUGGGCAAUCAGAUUAGUACUAAACUAUAAAAGAUUGUUCCUUUUAACUAGAAAUAUCUUUAACUUUCAUUUGUUUUACUUGAUAAAUAGUUUAAUGCAACAUUGGGUUUAAACAAAGCAAAAAUGAAAAGGAAACUGCUCUAGUAAGGUUGCUAAUAUUUGUGGUUCUGGAGAAAAAUUAGCACUGCAAAAAGAUGGUUKAAGGACUUUKRAGGRUUCUGUGCUGGCAGCAGGAUUGUCUAUGAAAGCCUCUUCAAUCAUCUGAAAGGAGUGUAAAUACCAGCAGGGUUAUAGCCACGRAAAAGCUCAAAACUAAACACCUWAUWUCCAAGUAAUUUUUAAAAAUUAUUUAAGCACCUAAUUGCAAGAACUUUGUCAUAUAUGAAUAAUAACAAUCAAAAARAAACAUCAGAAAAAUAACAUCUUUACAAAUAUGAAACGAAGAAGACCAGAUCAACCUGACUGUGUGGUUUUCUUUCUGUCUUAUAAUUUCUCUUUAAAUAUUUGUACAUUUUUAUUUUCAAAAGUUUAGGCCCUUUUUAGAUAAGAUAGGGUGUUAGUUAGUAGAACUAAACUCUUUGUUUUCUUAUCCCUGGAGGAUUAAAAACAAGCGUUUCGCUCUACUACAUUGAAAGCWGGAMCUUAUGUUUWAUGUUUAUAUGGCAAUGUUGUUGCARUUAAGUKGAUUUUCAUUGAAAAUUGUUCAAAGCCGUCGAUGCUGUUUGAUAAUGACUAUUUGUUGCUCAGAAAAACACCAUUUAUCUUACCCAAAGUAGUAUGUCUUAAGUGUUAGUCUUGAUUAAACAAUAAAAUAAAACUUGUACAGGAAUGUUGAA